GGAUGACCGAGGAGCCUUCACAGAAGGUGCGGUCACUGCCAGCCCAGCGAGGCCUCGAGGCCCAGACGGGCAGAGCCAGCGCCUGGGCCUCCCCAGCCCCGGCGAGCCGCAGUCACUAUGGCAACGCGGACGCCACCUCGGCUGACCGAGCCGAGCGCAGCAUGGGGAGCAGAGGCUUGCAGGAGGCCGACCCUGCUGCGGCCCCCACCCGGGCCCCGGCCCAGGCGGAAGCUUCAGAGUCUAUCGCUACUCUCCAGGAAGGUUAUUGUAAACUAUGUUCAAAAAAUUCCCAGAAUAUUAAUCCUUUUAUAUUGCGUGUACUCCAAAAAGUGGAUGAAGAAAUUAAAAAGGGACCCAAAGAAGGCAUCACACUGAGCAUUGCUGGUAACAAUCGCUUAAUCCCAGUACAAAGAGUGACAGGUGAAGAUUUUUGUAUUCUUUCUAAAAUUCUAAAGGAUCAUCCAUAUAUUAAUGGUUUGGAUGUUAGAUAUAACCUCAUAAACGAUACUGGUGCACACUACGCUGCGAAACUUCUUCAGAAACAACUGUACCUCAUUUACUUAAACCUUAUGUUUAAUGAUAUUGGGCCUGAAGGUGGAGAACUGCUUGCUAAGGCAUUACAUAAGAAUACAACGUUGAGAUACUUAAGAAUGACUGGAAAUAAGAUUGAAAAUAAAGGUGGAAUGUUUUUUGCUGCAAUGUUGCAAAUUAACUCAUCCUUAGAGAAAUUAGAUCUGGGUGACUGUGAUCUGGGUAUGCAAAGCGUGAUAGCAUUUGCCACAGUACUAACUCAAAACCAAGCAAUUAAGGGAAUAAACCUAAACCGACCUAUACUGUAUGGCGAACAGGAAGAGUCCACAGUCCAUCUAGGUCACAUGUUGAAAGAAAAUCACUGCCUUGUUGAGCUACACAUGUGUAAGCAUGGUAUAAAAAACUGUGGUUUCCAUCAGUUAUGCAAUGCGCUGUAUCUGAACAGGAGCCUACGAUACCUUGAUGUCAGCUGCAAUAAAAUAACUUGUGAUGGAAUGAUGUAUUUGGCUGAUGUACUGAAAACCAAUGCCACCCUGGAAGUAAUAGAUCUUUCUUUUAACAGAAUAGAAAAUGCAGGUGCAAACUAUCUCAGUGAAUCUCUUACUUCAUACAACAGGAAUCUUAAAGCAUUGUCAGUAGUCAGCAACAAUAUAGAAGGAGAAGGACUUGUUGCACUUUCACAAUCAAUGAAAACAAAUCCUAUACUAUCUCAUAUCUACAUUUGGGGAAACAAAUUUGAUGAGGCUACAUGUGUGGCAUAUUCAGAUUUAAUUCAAAAGAAUCGUCUGAAACCAGAAAAUACAGAUGUGGAGCCAUUUGUGGUAGAUGGACAUGUGUAUCUUGCAGAAGUCUCCAAUGGCCUUAAAAAGCAUUACUAUUGGACACCGACUUAUGGAGAUGCUUAUGGGCAUUCAACAAAUGCAGGCUUUGCUCUUGUUCCAGUAGGUCAAAAUUUAUGA